AGCCGAAUAAUACCCUGAUCAAAACAAGCAAAAAUGUUUAUGACAGAAAGAAUGUUGAGUAUUUUAUGAGGUGUUUAUUUGACUACUUAAACCGUGGAUCUCAGAUUACUGGCUCACAAAUUUCAAUCACUCUUGUUGGAAGUGAAGAUGCUUUACAAAUAUUACGUACAGGGUUACAGUCUCGUGGUCUCAGGAAACUAUCACCAGAAGCUGCUGGUAGCUCUGCUGACCUGAAAACAUGUGAAAUCUGUGUAUCGAAAAAGCCUAUUUAUCCGGUCAAAUGCUGUGACAAACAUAUAUGUCUGGACUGUCAACGAAAAAUGACAAUAUGUCCCUAUUGUCGCUCAUUUUGGAGCAUUUUGAUUGGCGACCAGCCAACAGGCACCAUGACAGUUCAUAUUAUAGAUGAUUAUGCUGAUGGUUAUGAGAGUGCCCGUGCUUUGAAAAUUGAGUAUACAUUUCCUUCUGGAAUACAACAGAAAUGUCAUCCAAAUCCAGGACGACUUUACACGGGCGUAAGUCGUAAAGCCUUUUUGCCUGCUACUAAAGAUGGCUUUUGUGUGUUAAAACUUCUGCGGCUGGCAUUUCUUCGAAAGCUCACUUUCACCAUCGGCCGUUCUUUAACAAUGGACAGAGAAAACACCAUUGUUUGGAAUGAUAUUCAUCACAAAACAAGUCUUCAUGGUGGAAU